ACCGUUGUCACUAUGACAUUGUACAUAACCUUCAAGUCUUGAGGCACGCGUUAUCAAAAUCUACUACUGUCACGAUUCCUGAUACCGUGUUAAUUGAAAUUUUUUGAUAUUAGAGAAUUCAAAUCGUGAGUGAUCUAAGGCUCCUAUCUUGUCAGUGGCUUAAAUACGAUGUCCGACCCUCGAAUUCGCACUUUAAAGAUAAAAACCGGAGUAGUGAAGCGGCUCGCCAAAGAGAAAGUUACUUACGAAAAAGAAGCUGCCCAGCAACGCGACAGAAUACAGAAAUUCAAAGAUCAGGGUAAAGACGAGUAUGAUAUACGUAAGCAAGAAGAGGUUCUUCAAGAGUCCUUGAUGAUGGUUCCUGACUGUCAGCGUCGUCUGGUAAAAGCAUUUGAAGACUUAAAAAAAACCUUGGAAAGUGAACAAGACUUAAAAGAGACAGAAGCAUAUGCUGAGGCAGAAAAAGUGAUUCUCGAUGCAGAAAUACAGCUUCCACAGCCAGGAGAAGCUUUAAAGACAUGUUAAAUC